UGUGGCUUUUGUUUCCGCCUGGAGAACGGCAUGGAUCUGUCCCAGGACCACCUGUCAGACUGGAGCUCAGCGCCGCCCAGCUUCUCUCCGCUGCUGCAGUCCGACGGCUCUCAGGAAAGACUCAACCACACCUACGGCUUCCACAGCUCUGUAAUGCUGUCCUCCACUUUCAGUUCCCCCACUGCCUCCCUCCAUCAGCCUCUGCCUUCUCUGCUCCCCUCCUCCCUCAUUCCUUACUCCUCCCUCAUCUCCUCCCCUUUAUUCUCCACCACCUCAGCCUCAUCCUCAUCCUCUCCACAAACAUCCACUUUUGUCUACCAAGCAUCCUCCUUUCCUUUGUCCCUGUCCACCUUCCCUUUGAAAGACUUGGCCAACCUGGAGAGCAUGCUGCUCUGGACUGUCCACGAGCCCAGCACCAUCGCUCUGACCGUCAUGUACUGUCUGUCUUUCAUUUUGGGAUUUAUCGGGAACUUAAUGUCCCUGCGCGUCCUCACCAACAGGCGGAGCCGGCGGCUAGCUGGCGUCAGCGCCACUCGCAGUCUGCUGGUGAACCUGGCGGUGUGUGACCUGGCUGUGGUGUGUGUGUGCAUGCCCAUCACCCUGGGAAGUCAGAUCUACACCGCCUGGGUGUACGGCGACCUCCUUUGUCGGGCGGUGCCCUUCACGCAGGCUGUUUCAGUCUCAGCCAGUGUGUUAACGCUGACUGUGAUCAGCGUGAAUCGCUACUACAGUGUUCGAUCACCACUGCGAGCUCGCUCCAUGUUUACCCGCCGUCGAAUCUUGGCGACUGUCGCCGUGGUGUGGACAGUGUCUUCGAUCAUGUGCGCUCCUAUUGCAGUGAUGAACCAGCGGCGGGAGAUCAGCUUUGAGACAUUUGCCAUCUUGGUGUGUGAGGAGAGGUGGCCUCAGCAUCGCCUUAAACAGGGAUAUAAUGUGCUGCUGUUUGUGAUGCUCUACUGCCUGCCAGUAACCUUUAACCUCACCAUAGGCUUCCUAACUGGCAGGCGGCUUUGGGGUGGAAAAAAAUCCACUUUCGCUGAUCUCGACCCUCGCAGCGAAGCUCUGCAUGCCUCACGCCUAAAGACGCGCCAGAAGAUUGCCAAGAUGGUUGUGUGUCUUGUGCUGCUGUUUGCAGUGUCCUGGCUGCCGCUCUACUUGGUUGACCUUUGGAUCGACUGCGAGCAAAGGCCGUCGUCUUGGCUCCUGCAGACACGGCCAUUUGCCCAGUGGCUGGGCCUGACAAACUCCAGCCUUAACCCCAUUUGUUACUGUUUCAUAGGGGAUCUGUACCGCUCAGCUAAAGUGAUACGGACGCGAUACUACCAGAAAGUCUCCUCUAUAUUCGGCUCCUCCUCAUUCUCCAGUUCAGCUGCCGUGAUGUCUCCUACUGCGGUGAUUACAGACACCAAAGUGAAUGCUGCUGAGCGGCACCAUAUUUCUGCCGCCGCUGUGGCAGCGUCUGCAUCCAUUGUUGCAAUCCCCAGGCUGUUGAGCUUGGCUAGAGGACAGGGACUUGGGCGGAAGGUCGGAGACAGUUCAGACAGCCGAGCAGGAUCCGACCACAGUAUCUCAGACUGGUGUCGGUCCAGUCCCAGUGUGUGUGACAGCUCCUUGUUCCCCUGCCAGCCCCACACGCUCCAGCACUCCAUACAAACAGCAGACUUUCUGCCAACGAGAAGACACUCUGUGAUGGAGAAUGUAGGAUCAUUACCUUUAAGAAUGGAGUCUGUGGACAUAGAUGUGCUGCCUUUGAGGAGGCAUUCGGGGGACAGAAUAUAUGGUCUGUCAGCUGAUAAGAGAGACAUCAUUACCAUGGGCAGAGACACUCUCUGUUACUCUGGGCAGUACAGAAGCAAAACCUCACAAACCUACUAUCUGGUAGGAGAUGGGCAGGAUGAAACAACCGAUAUGACCAGCCUGUGAAAAAGCUGGACAUGGAGAAUUUUUUCUUGUCUGUCCCACAGGCAGCAAAAACAAAAACAGCUCCUGAUUCAGUUUGCGGUUGACAGUGUGGGUUUAUCCCUUGCAAAAGCCAUUUUUUGUCUUGAGGAUAAACUGGCUUGGUUGAAACACUCCUUCCUUCUCUGUAUAGUAUUCUUUCAGUAUCAUCGAAAGCACAGGGGAUUCAGGAUCAACGUUCACAAAACAAUCAGGUUUUUCAAGGCAGAUGGAGGGAGCAGUGAUGGAGUGAAGCCUGCAGGGGGAAGAUCUGGGGGUUGUGUAGCCACGAGCUAGAAAGACCCAGAAUCGCUGAUUUAAAGCUGUGCACCAUUACAUGCAAGUCAUAUCAUAAGGGAUUUAGCUGCUAGUCACAGUCGUGUCUGCUUAAGUCAAUAGCCCAGCAGGGUGCAUAAUGUGUGAUUAGUUUUGUUUACUUUAUGUUAUUCUCUUUCUUUCUUAUUGCUUUGCUAAUGCAGGGACAUACUGUAUUAGAGCUUCUGACUGGUCUUUACAGGAUAAUGUCACCAUCAGUGUCUGCAGUCUGUGAAAAAUGUGUACCGUAGCAGCAGUUGUUCACUAGUGCAGUCAUGCGGUUGAUUUGCAGGGAAUAUGAGACAUAUUCUAUAUGAAAGAGACAAUCUAAAACUUUCAAUACAAUGUAUGGUUUUGUUUUGCACAUAACUCUGUGAUAUUGCUUUUAGGUAUAAAAAAUAACG